CUUCCAAUUGUUAUCUAAAAUCGCGACCUAUUGCGAAAUUUUACACGACUUUAUCCGGCGACAACAAUACAUUUAGGACAAAUGGAGGUGGUUGAAGGACAGUUUGAAGAUGCAGAAGAUAGUACACUCUGUGGUGAUAGUUUUACGAAUGAGGAUGGCUUCAGCAGUGAAAAGAGUUUCAGUAAUGUAAUAGAGGGUACUGGGACAAUGGAAGAAUAUGAUUAUGAUGAGGUAGACGACGAUGAUGAUUAUCUUGACUGGAUAGAUGAAAAAGGAGAUCUUACAAAAAAGUAUAAUGCUUUCAACAUGGGAAAUUCAAAGGCAGGUGUGUCACAUGCAAAUCAACAAAACAAAGCUGGGGGACAGUUUCAACCAAAUGACAAAGUCCUUAGAAAAUUUAUUGAUAAAAUUAAUGUAGAGAAGUAUACUGGCGGUCGCCUGACUAGUUCAGCAUCAUCUGCACUUACAUCAAAAGGAAAAAGAUUUGAAGAUACGAGGUACCGUGGUAAAGAUAAAUCAGAUAGGGCUACUGCCGAACAGGUGAUGGAUCCACGAACACGAAUGAUCCUGUUUAAGAUGUUGAGUCGAGGUGUUAUAGUGGAAGUGAAUGGGUGUAUCAGUACAGGAAAAGAAGCCAAUGUGUAUCAUGCCACAGCUAAAGAUGGUUCUGAUAGGGCUGUUAAGGUUUAUAAAACAUCUAUACUGAUAUUCAAAGAUCGUGACAAAUAUGUAAGUGGUGAAUUCAGAUUUCGUCAUGGUUAUUGCAAACACAAUCCACGUAAAAUGGUUAAAACCUGGGCAGAAAAAGAAAUGCGCAACCUAAUAAGGAUACACCAGACAGGAAUAUUGUGUCCAGAGCCCAUUAUACUCCGGAGUCAUGUCCUAGUCAUGGGCUUUAUUGGCACUGAUAGCUGGCCAGCACCAUUACUGAAGGACAGUGACAUAAGUGAAUCUAAGGCUAGAGAGUUAUACAUGCAGUGCAUUCAGAUACUUCGUACUUUGUACCACGAGUGUAAACUUAUACAUGCUGAUUUUAGUGAAUUUAAUUUAUUAUACCACGAAGGGAAUUUAUAUGUUAUAGAUGUGUCACAGUCAGUGGAACAUGACCAUCCCCAUGCCUUGGAAUUUUUACGUAAAGAUUGCACUAAUGUAACUGAGUAUUUUAAGAAAAAAGGUGUGAGCACCUUAACAGUGAAAGAGUUAUUUGACUUUGUUACUGAUAUCACAAUCACUGCUGACAAUUUGGAUGACUAUCUAGACCAGUGUAUGAAGAUAACUGCUAACAGAACUAUAGAUGAUGUUACUGAGCAAGAUAAAAUCGAUGAACAGGUGUUCAAAAAUGCAUACAUUCCUCGUACCUUGGAUGCAGUGAUAGACUUUGAGAGGGAUUUUUACAAGGCAAAGGAAGGAGACACUGAGGAGUUCCUAUACAGCAAGAUAUCAGGGUUGAAAACAGAUCUGUCUGGACCACAACAUGUACCAACUUUACUGAAAGAAUCAAAGACCUCGUCUUCCUCUCAACAAAAGAAUAAUGACAAUGAAUUAGAAUCUGAGGAAGGUGGAUAUUCUCAGGGAGAAAAUGAUGACGAUGACAUUAGUGAUGGAGAGGAGAUGAGCAAUGAUACAGAUUCAAGCAGUGAGGAAGAAGAAGGAACAAACAAAAAUAAAGGCACUGUAAUACGCCCUAGAGAUGAAUCUCCAAAUUCAAAGAAGGAAAGAAAAAGAUUAGUGAAAGAUGCACAAAAGGAGAAAAGACAGAAUAAAAUGCCAAAGCAUGUGAAGAAACGAAAAGAAAAGCUUGCAAAACAGGGGAAGAAGAAAUGAAUGGAAGUGAUGGAGGUGCUUCUCUAACUUGCUUCCAUAACAGCUACAGUACUGUGAUGUAAUAAAUGACAGUGAUGGAAUUGAUUCGCUCAUCUGUCCCUGAUAUAUGGCUAUUAUACAUUGAUGUAAUAAAUGGAAAUACCAAAAGUGAUUCUCUCUUCUAUCCCUGUAUGUCUGCUGAGCUCAGAAGGGAGAAUGCAAAUCUAUGGAUCGUGUUAGAUCCUUGGGUGAGAUGUAUGUUCAAUGUGAUGAUUGAUCAAAGAUGUUGUGUCUCUAUUCAUUCAUCCUCCACAUCUGAUUCAUGUUGAGAAGUUGGUAGUUACUUGUGGAGAACAGAUUAGUGCUGGUAUAGAAUCCAGAAAAACAGGUUUAGUUUUAAACUGACCACCAUUACAUAAAUGAAAUAAUGUUGACAAAUGGUGCUAAACCCAAAACAACACAAACAAACAACAUCAUCAAUCCCUGAUUUAUGCAGCUUUUAUACAGCUGCUGUACAUCGAUGUUUUUAAUUGCUAAAUGUUUAAGUAGUAUUUUGGCACAAAACUCGGGUGAUAAUUGUUGGAUAUAUGAUUUAUUAAAUGAUUUAAUAUGUUCCAUCAAAAAAGUUAAAUUCAAAAUAAAAAUUCCUACAUGUACA